CCCCCACUCGUCGUCGUCCGUCGCGACUUCAAAUAAUGCCUCUGGGACUCAGCUUGCCAUGCAUCUCGUUUUGUCACGCUUCUGUGUGACAGAACAAUAAGUCACGACGCGUAUAAAGUCGCGUCUUGGCCCAUGCGCAUCUUCACCCUGGACACUCAUCUUGCUCUAUUUUGUGAACACCAAAGCCAACUUGCACUCCACUGACCAUGCCUGGAAUGGAAGAAUUGAGAAAACGGCUCGCAGGAAACACCAGACUGUAUAGCCCCCAGAGCCUAGAGAAAGAUCCGAACGACGAUAAUCGCCUUGGACCCAUACCCAGAGUUCCAGUUGGGACGAUGUUCCGCUCUAGGAAGGAACUUGCACAGAGCGGUGUCCACCGUGCCAAUCCAGCCGGCAUCGCAGGAAGUAUGAAAGGUGCGACGUCGGUAGUUCUGUCUGGGAAGUACGAGGACGAUGUGGAUCAGGGCGAUGUCGUGUGGUACACCGGUGCUGGCGGAAGGCAGGAUGACGGAAAGAAGGGAUGGAACAUGGACGGUCCUCAGGUCAAAGACCAAUCCUUCGAACAUCCACACAAUCUCAAGCUCAGGAUCACCUAUGAAACGGGUCGAUCCAUUCGUCUUGUCCGCGCGAUCAACAAAGGAUACCGAUACGAUGGGAUGUAUCGUGUCACAGAGGCUUAUUUGGGUAAAGGAAAGAGUGGUCAUGCAAUCUGUCGGUUCAAGUUCGAGCGCGAGCCGGACCAGCCACCUCUCGGGCCUCUACCCGCCACCGCUCGCACCACAUCAAGUUCUCGUGAGGCUGGCAUAAGCCGCCGUGUUUGAAGCCCGCAAACUCCAACUAACCAAAGCCUUUGAUCGCAUCGCGCUGGAUGCAUGUAUUUCUAUCUGUGUUCUUCUUCUCUCCCGCAGUGAAUGUCUUUCGCAUGAUAGCCUUCUCGGUUACUCUCGUCUGCCAUUCAUUCAUCUGUCUGUUGUACAUCUAUUUCCC